GAGGAUGUGGCGAGGGAGGCAGAGAAGCACUCGGAGCACCACAGACUCCAGCGGCUCUGCGACUCGGCUGUCACCAGAGGCCACGUUUAGCUGCUGAACCCGAGCCAUAGUGCAGCAGGACUGCGACCGCAACGGCAGCCUCAACCACUAGCUGCUCCUCACCUCAUCUCCACGCCUGCCUGCCCACCCAGCCCAUCUGCUGCCAAAGCCAAGGGGGAGCAGCAACCAAGCUCAACCUGCUGGCAGGGGAGGGGCUGUUCAGUCUGCCACAAGCCACUGGUUACACGGAGCCUGGAGCACUGAGGGGAGGGAAGGACCGAAGAGAAGAAGAAGGUCUUGCUUGUGCUCUGGUGACUGCUCACCCCAGCGAGCACUGUUGAGAGAGCAGGAUGGAUUCGGGUGGAGAAAGCAGAGCCCCGUCGCGGACCAACGGAGUGUCCCGCUGCUCUUGAGUUCAGUCCCCAGGGGCCGUGUCCCCUGGAGCGGUGCAUGCCUUGCUCCCCUCUGCUGACAUGCUCUUUGUGAUGAGAUGGAACCUUGACUUGCUUGAGCUGUUGCUGGUGGGUACGUUAAGUUUGCUUUUUGUGAGGAAUCACACGCACCCAGAGCAGCAAGGUCAGCCAUGAGAAAUGCAGUGGGUUUUUAUAGAGUUCCGGCUGUCCACUGGGAUGUAUAGUUUUGACAAACUGGAAAGAUUUCAUUUAAAAGGCAACUGCCAAGGACAUUUGCUCAUAUCACUCAGGGCUGACUCUCAGAUCCUGGAGACAUGUACGUUGUCACAACUGAAUGAUAUACGAUUCAGUUUUACUGAUUUAAAAAAAUAAAUAAAUACAUAAUAUUGUCCCUCAUGGUUUCUGCCCUAAUCAAGAGCCUCCCAUUUUAUGUCACUGAGAUUUGCAAAGGAAUGUUUACAAAGAAAUUGGCAAAUCCCACAAAGAAGAAAGAAAGUAGUGAUAACAAAAAAGAGGCUAAAUUUAUCCCAGGAUCUCAAUCACGGAAUCCAACUUUUUCCACGGCACUAAAGAGCACGGUCAAGAAAAUUUCCAAAUGUUCUUCUGUGCGGAAUAUAUCCAUUGAAGAUGAAAACGGCAAAAACAAUUCCUCAUCUCUUUCACCCACAUUUAGUUAUCGUGUGGCAAUAGCUAAUGGACUCCCAAAAAAUGUCCCAUUACUUAACACCAGUGAAGGAAUUUCUCAAGAGGUUUUAUCAACUGACAGCAGUCACUCUGACUCUCUGAGUGAGGUAAAACUUUGCAACAGAUUUGAUGAACACAAAGCACUUACCAUGCCAGUAAGAAGAAAUCGCAAGAGCCUGACAAGUCUGGCACCCUCCGAUGGAAGUUCAGAGGGUGAGCGAGUAGAACGAACCAGUCUCCAUACACUGCGACUCGGGGCCUUGCGUAAACUGAGAAAGUGGAAGAAGAGUCAAGAAUGUGUCUCCUCCGAUGGAGAGGUCAGCAACUGGAGGAAAACCCUGGGCAUCCGAAGCAAGUCACUGGACAGGGCUGGACGAAAUCAGAAGGCCACCUCCAUGGAACCAGGGUCUAGCUCCACCGGAUGCAUAAGCCAGACCCAAGAUGUUAUGGAGAUGAUCUUCAAGGAGUUACAGGGUAUCAGUCAAAUUGAGACUGAGCUUUCAGAACUGAGAGGGCAUGUCAAUGCCUUAAAGAGCUCCAUCGAUGAGAUCUCUAGUAGCGUUGAGGUGGUGCAGAGUGAGAUUGAGCAGUUGCGCUCGGGAUUUGUACAGUCAAGGCGGGAGACACAUGACAUACAUGACUAUAUCAAGCAGAUCAGCCACCAGGGCAACAAAGCUACUUUGAGGUUUCUCAACAUGCCCGAGAAUAGUUUUGAAAAAACAGAAAAUCUCAUUUACCAAAUAUUAAAAGAGAAAAUGGGGUUCACCGACCCAUUUAAAGCGAUAAAAAUUGAACUGGCUUAUAGGUUGGGGCACCAAAGAGAUUGUCCCAGUGCCAAGCCUCGACCUGUUAUUGUAAUAUUCUCAACACCUCAAGACCGGGACGUAGUUCUGAAAAAAAGCUACAAGCUGAAAGGCACUGGCAUAUCUGUGUCUACCGAUAGCCUUGUUCGUGAGAUAAAGGAAAGGAAAGAUAAAGGUAUGACCUCCUCUCAGACAUAUGAAAGCAUGGAUAUCAAAGUCUGCAUGAAAGAGAAAAUCGAUACCGAUGAUUGGGACUCCAUGGACAGCGAUAAGGAACUGGAGGCAACCCUAAAUCGAAACAAAUAUUCAGCAAUGCCAAAGGCACCCCAAAAGUCUAAGUCUGAGAAGAAGAAAUCACACUGCCCUAGGUCAUCAGAGCCUGGAGCACAUUCAGGCACAUCAGCACAGUACAGCAAUGAUAACUUUCAAUCAUCUGUGUACGAAGACCCUGACAAACAAACAAAGCCUUAUUACACUGACCUAACCCCAGUCUGGUUUUCACAGAGUGAAUAUUCAACACCUAAACUUAGUCGCUCAGAGUCUGACUGCUCUAAGCUCUGCCAGUCAUACUCUGAAGACUUUUCUGAGAAUCAGUACUUCAGCAGAACCAACGGCUGCUCCCUUCUCUCCUCCUCAGAUCAGGAGCUUUGGCAGAGGAAGCAGGAAGAUAUGGCAUCCUCCUGGUAUACAAAUCCACCCAACCCAGCUCUAAGCCAAGAAAACCAGAGAUACAUAGAACCCAAUGGAGCAGAGACCACAGAAACUAUAGACAGUGGUGUGAGCAAUGGGCUGGUGUGUGCCUCAGGUGAUAGGAGCCAUUACAGUGGCUCCCAGCUUUCACUUCAGGCUGAUUUGUCACCUUGGAAAGAGUGGCACCACUUGGAACAAGGGGCAGAUUCAGGCUUAGAUGCUUCUACCGACCACAAUAUAGUAUCAGAGAUCAGCAGUCCAUUUGACCCAAGGAUGACCUCAGGUUUCCCUGAAAACAUUACAAAAUGCCAGGAGGUAGAUUUACAGUUUGAAGGAGAAAACUACAUGACAUUGGACAGCACUCCAUCCACAUGCCCGGGUAUGGAGAGUGAAUCAACAAGUCAGCCUGAUGCUCAGAGUGAUCCUUACCCAGAAGGAGAUGUAAAUUUCUACCAAAGCCAAAACAAGUCCUUGCCUAUGUAUCAUAGCCAGAGUGAGAUCAGACAAGAAAAAACAGAGGAAGUGCCAAAAUCCUGGCAUAGUCGGCUCAGCAUAGACCUCACCGACAAAACUUUCAGUUUCCCAACAUUUGGAUCCACUCUGCAGAGAGCCAAAUCUGCACUGGAGGUAGUCUGGAACAAAAGCUCCCAAAGUGUGAGUGCUCCUGAGGAGCCAACCAAUUCCACAUUCAUGGGUCGAUUCAGGACUUUGUCACAAUCCACUGCAAAUGGCUCCAGCACAACCAUAAACUCAGAUGUGUACACAGAGCCUUUCUACUACAAAGCCGAGGAGGACAACAGCGAGCAAGCUGUGGACAAUGAGACACACUACGUGGAGGUGAUGGAGCAAGUGCUGGCCAAUCUUGAGAACAGGACAAAUGCAAAUGAGUCAGAAGAACCGUACCAGGAUUACAAUGUCGCUCAUGCGAUGAACUAUGUGCUCGAAUACGACUGCAGCUUGGACGAGCAGUAUGAUGACGAGUACAGCGAGGGGUAUGAUGAUAACCCAGCAACAGAAGAAACUACAGAGUCUGAGUUGAUGGGAUGUGUUCAGGAAACUGAAGAAAUGGAGGACAACGUUGCACAAGAGGAUGAAAACCAAAACUUGCCAGCAGUGGUGGAGACUCCACCCAAAAAGAGGAUACGUCCAACAUUCAAAGAAGUUGCUCUGAGGGCCUACAGAAAGCAAAUGGCCGAACUGGAGGAACAGAUCCUUGCAGGAGACAGCGCUGCCUCGGAUGCACAGGCUCGCCUCAGCAGCCUCGGUGCCCUGGAAACGUCAACAUUCCUUGGGCUUCAAGGAGCUGGAGGGCCAGGAAACAUUCUUUAUGGUAUUGACAGCAUGCCAGACCUGCGGCGCAAGCGCACCAUGCCCAUUGUCCGGGACCUGGCUUUGACACUGGCUGCUCGAAAGGCAGGCAUAUCCUUUGCCCUUGUGACAAGAUCUACUCUAAAUAACGAAGACCUGAAGAUGCACGUCUUGCGGAAAACUCUCCAGGCCUUAAUCUACCCCAUUUCAUCUACAACCCCGCACAACUUUGAGGUGUGGACGGCGACGGCACCCACGUACUGCCAUGAGUGCGAGGGGUUGCUAUGGGGCAUCGCGCGCCAGGGUAUGCGGUGUACCGAAUGCGGGGUCAAGUGCCAUGAGAAGUGUCAAGACUUGCUCAACGCGGACUGUCUGCAGCGGGCCGUGGAGAAAAGCUCCAAGCAUGGAGCAGAAGACAAAGCCCAGAACAUCAUCAUGGCAAUGAAAGAAAGAAUGAAGAUCAGGGAGAAGAACCGACCUGAGGUGUUCCAAGUCAUCCAGGAGAUGUUCCAGAUUUCCAAAGAAGACUUCACCACUCACCUGAAGGCAGCCAAGCAAGCGGUGCUUGAGGGCACCUCCAAGUGGUCUGCCAAAAUUACCAUCACAGUCCUGUGUGCUCAAGGUUUGCAAGCCAAGGACAAGACGGGAUCAAGCGAUCCAUAUGUCACUGUGCAGGUGGGCAAGACUAAGCGCAGGACCAAAACCAUCUUUGGAAACCUCAAUCCCGUGUGGGACGAGAAGUUCUCUUUUGAAUGCCACAAUGCCACGGACAGGAUAAAGGUCAGGGUGUGGGACGAGGACGAUGACAUCAAGUCACGUGUGAAGCAACACUUCAAGAAGGAGUCGGAUGACUUCCUUGGCCAGACCAUCAUUGAAGUUAGGACACUGAGCGGCGAGAUGGACGUGUGGUACAAUCUUGAAAAGAGGACGGACAAGUCAGCCGUUUCUGGAGCAAUCAGGCUGAAGAUAAGCGUGGAGAUGGAAGGCGAGGAAAAAGCAGCUCCGCCUCAUGGCCAGUAUACCUGCUUACAUGAGAACCUAUUCCACUACCUGACAGAGGUGCAGAACAACGGCGCUGUGAAGAUUCCCGAAGUCAAAGGGGAUGAGGCCUGGAAGGUCUACUUUGAUGACGUCUCGCAGGAAAUUGUUGAUGAGUUUGCCAUGCGUUAUGGAGUUGAAACUAUAUACCAGGCUAUGACCCAUUUCUCCUGCCUGUCCUCCAAAUACAUGUGCCCCGGCAUCCCAGCGGUUAUGAGUAACCUCUUGGCCAACAUCAACGCCUACUUUGCCCACACUACCAACACCACCACCACCAACAUCUCUGCCUCUGAUCGCUUUGCCGCCUCCAACUUUGGGAGGGAAAAAUUCGUCAAACUCUUGGACCAGCUCCACAACUCACUGAGGAUUGACCUGUCCAAAUAUCGGGAUAAUUUUCCUGCUGGAAACCGAGAGAGACUCCAGGACCUCAAGUCCACAGUGGACCUGCUGACAAGCAUCACCUUUUUCAGGAUGAAGGUGCAGGAGCUUCAGAACCCACCCCGAGCCAGCAUGGUGGUGAAGGACUGUGUACGGGCCUGCUUGGACUCCACAUACAAAUAUAUCUUUGACAACUGCCAUGAGCUCUACAACCAGCUCCUCGACCAGACGAAAAAGCAGGACAUUCCACGUGAGGAACAAGGGCCUUCCAUCAAGAAUCUGGAAUUCUGGCCCAAGCUCAUCACCCUCAUGGUUGCCGUAAUUGAUGAGGAUAGGACUGCUUACACACCUGUACUGAACCAGUUCCCACAAGAGCUGAACAUAGGGAAGAUCAGCGCCGAGGUUACAUGGAAUCUCUUCGCCAUGGACAUGAAGUAUGCCAUGGAAGAGCACGAGAAGCACCGUUUGUGCAAGAGCACUGACUACAUGAAUUUGCACUUCAAGGUGAAAUGGUUCUAUAACGAGUAUGUCCGAGAUCUGCCUGCCUUCAAGGAUUCUGUUCCAGAAUAUUCCCUGUGGUUUGAGCCCUUUGUCAUUCAGUGGUUAGAUGAAAACGAGGACGUGUCCAUGGACUUCCUGCAUGGAGCUUUGGAGCGGGAUAAAAAGGAUGGCUUCCAGCAGACUUCUGAGCACGCUCUGUUCUCCUGCUCUGUCGUGGAUGUCUUCGCACAGCUCAACCAGAGCUUUGAGAUCAUCAAAAAGCUCGAGUGUCCCAACCCGCAGGCCCUGGCCCACUUCAUGUGUCGCUUCGCCAAGACAAUCAACAAGGUCCUGUUACAGUAUGCAGCGAUUAUAGCCAAAGACUUCAUCAACUACUUGGAUAAGGAGAAAGUGCCAUGCAUUCUCCUCAACAACAUUCAGCAACUGCGCAUCCAGCUGGAGAAAAUGUUUGAGUCCAUGGGUGGGAAACAGGAGGAAGAAGUUGUGUCCUUCUGUAAGGUCUGUCCAGGGACUCUUGCCAGCAUCACCAUCUAUGAGAAUGGCAUUGAGUGCACGAUUACCUUAACUCUCCCCAACCCUGACCCCAUGCACUUUUUAGCCACACCCCCCAUGACAGCAUGUGCUGAAAAUGCUUACUUGGAUUCUGAAUGCAAUCAGGCAUGUGGCACAGAGCAGCUGUACUCUGUUUUUACAACUUCCACGUAAGCUUCCUAACUUGACACUCCUAAUCAGUAUCCACAGACUUUUUUAAAUUGUUUGUUAAAGAUAUAUUUUUCCAUUAUUUCUUCUCCCAGGGCUAAUUUGAUGGUCAGUUUUGAUAACCUGUAGCUGGUGGUACUUGCAUCACGCUGCUCUGUCUGCUCUGCACAUUUUCCGAGCCACAGCACAGAAAGCAUCAAAAUUUGAGAUUUGUGUCCUCAGGAAUGAUCAACAAAGGCGAUCUUACAUCUCCCCAACUCUGCUUACAACAAAGGCAGUGUAAGCACAGGGGAAGUAGGAGGUUACAGAUGCCCUCUUCCAUGUCUGUGUCAUGGCCUCAGUUGGCAAGCUUCUUUCAGACCUCACAAUCAUAUGUGAAACAUACACUUCAGAACCAAACAUAAGUCCCCUGAAUCAAAGUAGUUAGCAGCAGGCUUGGGCAGUUGUACCGAGGGUGUGAGUGGUACUUGUUGGCUGUUGUAGUCGAUGCCCUUAGGAGCGAAAAGCCGUUGACUGAAGAAUAUAUUUCAAGGACUCAUAUAAGAAAAGAUUAACGAAUGCAGACAUUAAACAUUUAAAGUCAAUUUUUAACCCUAUGGAUACAGAGAGAUGUCAGCAAGGAUGUUUCCAGCUAUGCCCAAGAGCUACAAACUUGCAAUAGUCACAAAGUCUUAACGCUGUGGCCUUGCAAUAACCUCUAUACAGAAAGGCACUUAGCUAGGCCCCUUUUCCUGAGCACGUUGAACUCAGAUUGGUACGAGAUCGCUGAAAAUUUUAUUUUGUUAAUUACUACCUUUCUGUUUUCUAUUAUGUGCAAUUUUUGUAUUUUUCUCACAGCAAAUAUUAGCAUACAUAACACAGAGGGCAUAGAACCUGUAACAGUAUUUUUCACUACAUUAUUUAAAACUAUUGUUACACACAAAAAACACUCAAUAUCUGCUCCAUAAUUAUGAAUAUGAUGCAUGGUCAUCAAAUAUAUACACUCUUCUGAUGACUGCUAAAAACUGAUGCUGCCCAUGGUGGCCAAUGGACAUGCUAAUGAGGCAAAUGAACAAAUUACCCAUAAGUCCUGGAUAAAUAAUAUGCAACAUAUUUUAUAAUAUGGAUUGAUGACCUGGCCUCACCACAUAACCAUCUUUUUUAGCGAAAUGUUAUAUGCACAGCUAGUAAAGAGAUUUAAAUUUAUUCUGGAAGUGGUGAGACAGACAUUGCAUUCAGCUGAAGGGAAACAUUUGCAUCUGGUGACUUCAUGUCUGCUGUUCAUGUAAGCAGUUUGAAUGGUUUGUAAAACUGAAACUGUUUUCAAUGAGCACCCAUGGCCUGUCAUAAUUAAUUUAUAGUUGUGCCUGCUUCAAAGAGUGAAAUUUUAUGACUUAAAAUGUAAAAGGCGCUUAUGUUUCAAAAUCAAGCCCUGUGUUGUCAAAAAGUCCUAAUAUUCUGGGCUUUGAAUAAAGUCUUCUCCGACGUGCAUCAGUGAUUUGGAACACAGUGUUCAGCUGUCAUGAACAAGUGCUGCUGUUUGCAACUACAGCUGCAAGUGGAACUCAGGGUCCAGUGUGGCACUGAUUAGAUCUCGUUAUUCCACUUUCUCAUUUUCUACCUUCGGACAAUAUACUUAGUCUCGAGCGGCACCAUAUCAAUGAUGACAUGACAUUAUGCACACAAUCAAGAGAGCUAUGCUCAUUCAUUGCA